UUGUUCGGAUUCCUUUUCAGUUUGUUAAAUCGCCUCGAACGGUACGGAACGCGCGCGCGAAGAGAUCGGACGGCCAACUCCCCGGAAAGAAAGGAAAUUAGUGGCAGGAGGCGCCCCCACGAGGAAAACGAGUGUAGUGCAGUAGUGAAUAGUCCUCGGCUUAGUUUACCCCUUUUUUUUAUCGCAAUUUUCACCAAGCCCCCAAACAGCGGGCUUCCUGUGUUUUUCCGACUUUUCCUGCGACCAGACUGCCCAAAAUUCCCAGCAUCGCAACUAUGUUUAUGGGCAGAGCGCAACGAGGCCGCAGGAUGAGAGAAUAGCGGCAUGUUGUCCAACUCAGCCCCAACAUAUGGUGGUCCGAGGUCCUGAGGCCUGAUCCCCAUUGGGUGCCGCAGAGUGGAUCGAAGUGGUGCCUGGAAGGAGUGGUACGCGUAACUGCAUAAAUCGUGGGCAAGGACAACGAAAAGCAUUCAGCCAUGAAUCUGAUCAACAUGGACUCGGAGAACCGGGUGGUGCUCAAUGUGGGUGGCAUUAGACACGAGACCUACAAGGCCACGCUGAAAAAGAUUCCGGCAACGCGAUUGUCGCGAUUGACAGAGGCCCUGGCCAAUUACGAUCCGAUACUGAAUGAGUACUUCUUUGAUCGGCAUCCGGGCGUCUUCGCACAAGUGCUCAACUAUUACAGAACUGGCAAGCUGCAUUAUCCCACGGACGUGUGCGGACCGCUGUUUGAGGAGGAAUUGGAGUUCUGGGGCCUAGACUCGAACCAAGUGGAGCCCUGCUGUUGGAUGACCUACACGCAGCAUCGCGACACCCAGGAAACCCUAGCCGUACUCGAUCGUCUCGAUCUGGAUACGGAAAAACCGUCCGAGGAGGAACUGGCGCGCAAAUUCGGCUUCGAGGAGGACUACUACAAAGGCACCAUAUCCUGGUGGCAGGAAAUGAAGCCGCGCAUUUGGUCCUUGUUCGAUGAGCCCUACAGUUCCAAUGCAGCCAAGACUAUUGGCGUGGUUUCGGUGUUCUUCAUCUGCAUUUCGAUCCUGUCGUUCUGCCUGAAGACCCAUCCCGACAUGCGGGUGCCCAUCGUCCGGAAUAUUACAGUGAAAACUGCGAAUGGAAGUAAUGGCUGGUUCUUGGACAAGACGCAGACCAAUGCGCACAUAGCCUUCUUCUAUAUCGAAUGCGUGUGCAAUGCCUGGUUUACCUUUGAAAUAUUGGUGCGCUUUAUCUCAUCGCCGAACAAGUGGGAGUUCAUCAAGUCAUCUGUUAACAUCAUAGACUACAUAGCGACGCUUAGUUUUUAUAUCGAUCUAGUGCUUCAGCGGUUCGCAUCGCAUCUGGAGAACGCUGACAUCCUCGAGUUCUUCUCGAUCAUCCGCAUCAUGCGUCUGUUCAAGCUGACGCGCCACUCGUCCGGACUGAAGAUCCUGAUCCAGACGUUCCGGGCCUCGGCCAAGGAGCUGACCCUGCUGGUGUUCUUCCUCGUCCUGGGCAUCGUGAUCUUCGCCAGCCUCGUCUACUACGCGGAGCGCAUCCAGCCGAACCCCCACAACGACUUCAAUAGCAUACCCCUGGGCCUGUGGUGGGCCCUGGUCACCAUGACCACCGUCGGCUACGGUGACAUGGCCCCCAAAACCUACAUCGGCAUGUUCGUGGGCGCCCUGUGCGCCCUAGCCGGCGUACUAACCAUCGCACUGCCAGUGCCCGUCAUCGUCAGCAACUUCGCCAUGUACUACUCGCACACGCAGGCCAGGGCCAAACUGCCAAAGAAGCGGAGACGAGUGCUUCCCGUCGAGCAGCCGCGGCAGCCCAGACUGCCAGGUGCACCUGGUGGUGUCAGUGGCUGCGGCACCCCGGGCUCGGGUCCCCACUCCGGUCCCAUGGGAUCCGGCGGAACUGGACCACGUCGCAUGAACAAUAAAACCAAGGACCUGGUCAGCCCCAAGUCAGAUGAAUAUACAACAAUGAUUGGCAAACCGCGCGAUGGCAAAAAGAGCAGGCUGCUCUAAGCCAACAAACACAACAGCACCAACAUGAACCACGAUACGACAACAACCACAACAGAACCAGCUGAAGAACCAAUAUUCCCCCAUACCAUUACUUCCAAGCUAGAACUCGCAAUGAGAGAUGAUGAUGAUACCUUCCUAUAUAAGAAUUUGGCAAACUGAUCUAUGAGUAAGCGAAGGAAAAGUUGAGAGAAACCGAAAACGCAACCCAAGGACUGGAUAAAGAUCAUAUAGCGGAUAUAGACCAAAUCGGAUCGUGGUAUGUGGAUCGAUGGCACACUUUCUGGAUGCCAAAUAGCCAUAGAUACAUAUAUGAAUACUCGUAUGGUUACUUUGAAUAUGGACGACGUCUGCUACUGAUAUCUACUGUACUACUACCACUCCAACCUGCUAUAUAAUCGUAUAUAUAACUACAAUAUGUAAUUUUCUACGUGUUUUCCUCUCUCUCUAUUUCUCCACCUUUCUUUACAUAAAUUAUAUUAUAUUCUAUAUAUAUCGUGUACGUGUUGUUCUUCAGUUCUGGCUCGUUCGUUUCUUCGUUAGCAGUGUACAAGAUACUAUAUACUAUGUUCAGAUCUGUAAACGUAUCUUCUCUCAUUCUCUAUGUGUGCGUGUGUAACUUUGUGACCUUUUGUUCUAGUGUCUAAUCGCCCCGAAUCAGAGAACCCUUAGCUAUGUAAUUGAUCGCAAAACUUGGAAUCUACUUUGUAUUAUCUCGAACUCUUGUAUUUCAGAUAUGGCCUUCAGUUUCGACUAAAACAGAAUACAGAACAGAACCAGAAAGAUAUUUUGUAAUUUGAUAAGCCAGCUCAAGACACAGUAUAAGAAAAAAACAAGAAAAACUCGGCAACAAAAUCGAAAAAAAUCGACACAAAAAUCAAAACGAAACCUCAGUUAUAUACGAAAUGUAAAGAAAUAAGAAAUCCCCGGUUCGUUCAUCUAUCAUCUAACUAUCAGCUAACCAAAACUCGGACUCUGCUGGGCGGGUGUGUGUUGGUUAAGAAACCUUUUAAUAUCUACCCCUAACAAACUCCAACUUUCUUGCUCUCUUCCAACCCGAAAAAUCCCCAACUAAAAGUGUCAAAUAGUUGAAAAACUUGGAAACUAGUUCGUAGCAAGCAGAAACUCUAGAGUUUAGAGCCACCUUCACAAAUCCGAUUUCCCAGCAUUUGAUUCUACAAAGUUUUACCCCCACUCUGCCUGAGUCCAACUUAUCCAACCGAGCGGAAAUCUUUGCCAAACGUAGCUUGCAGAUACUGUAUCUAGCCUUAUGUGUGUGUUUAUUUGCCGAGCAUGCUGCAUGUGACCCGAUUUUGACCCGAGUCUUGGAGUGUGAUUAGUGUUUUCAUAUAGUUGUGUGCGAUGUUUGUAAUCAUGUUCGUGUUACACUUAACCCUCCCAAUGAAACCACCCCCCACCACCCCUCGUAUAUUGUAGCAACCAAGUGCACCCAGUAAUAUACCAUAAGCAAUUUUGAAAAACAAAAAAAAAAAAAAAAAUAAGAAAACAAAGUUGCCUCCCACCUGCCAUAUGAAAAAUUCAUUCAAAGUUGACCAAAUUUGAAAACUCCAGCUUGACUAACCGACUUAAUGAAAAUAAUAUUUAUUUCUCUCUCUCUUUUUCUUUCUCUGUUUUUCUCUUACUCAUCCUGGACUUCCCACUGCUAUAUCUAUCUAUUGUUUCCGGCUAUAUAACUCCACCUACUCCACCUACCUCCUAUCCACCCGAAACCGAAACCGAAACUGAUAAUCCUUUCUGUGGCGGGGUUAAAACAAAAAGUUGCUCAACUUUUCGCAGGUCCACUGGGCGCAAGUAUU